UCCUCUCUGCCCAAGAUCAUUCUUUUCCGUUCGUGUUUCGUUGUAGGCGGUUGUCUCCUCUUGAAGGCAAAUAGCCUGCUUGUCUAUAUCUUAACAUGUCCGAAACUCUUCAAUUAAAAGGUACCCUUUUGGGUCACAGUGGUUGGGUUACCCAAAUCGCCACAAACCCCAAGUAUCCCGAUAUUAUUUUGUCAUCGUCAAGAGACAAGACUCUGAUUGUAUGGAAAUUGACACGUGACGAGACCCAAUACGGUAUUCCUCAAAAGCGUCUCCACGGUCACUCCCAUUUCAUUUCCGACGUUGUUUUGUCCAGCGAUGGUAAUUAUGCCCUGUCUGGUUCCUGGGAUAAGACCCUCAGGCUUUGGGACUUGGCUGCUGGCAAAUCCACGAGGAGAUUCGAGGAUCAUACAAAGGAUGUUCUGAGCGUGGCUUUCUCUGUUGACAACAGACAAAUCGUCUCUGGUUCACGGGACAAGACUAUCAAAUUGUGGAACACUCUUGCAGAAUGCAAAUACACAAUUCAGGAAGAUGGUCAUUCCGAUUGGGUGUCUUGUGUCAGGUUCUCACCUAACCACUCGAACCCCAUCAUCGUAUCUGCUGGUUGGGAUCGCACCGUGAAGGUAUGGAAUUUGACUAACUGCAAGCUAAAGAUCAACCAUUAUGGACAUCACGGUUACCUCAACACUGUAACUGUUUCUCCUGAUGGUAGUCUUUGCGCUAGCGGCGGUAAAGACUGCAAAGCAAUGUUGUGGGAUUUGAAUGAUGGAAAACAUUUGCACACCUUGGAACAUAAUGAUAUUAUCACAGCUUUGUGUUUCUCCCCUAACAGAUAUUGGUUGUGUGCAGCUUACGGACCAUCCAUCAAGAUCUGGGACUUGGAAAGCAAGGAAUUAGUUGAAGAACUAAAACCUGAAGUAGUAUCUCAAACUAGCAAAGCUGAACCACCACAAUGUCUAUCUUUAGCGUGGUCUACCGAUGGACAGACACUUUUCGCUGGUUAUUCUGAUAAUAUUAUCAGGGUGUGGCAAGUCAGCAUCUCCCAUUAAGUUUGUGAAUUUUAUAAAUAAGACCAAAUAAAGUGGAGUUUUAUUCCA